AUGUCUCAUUUUGUUGAUUACAUCAUAAGAAAUACGCACGUGAUCUUCCCACACCUGGUGGUGAGCAACCUGGAGCGCUACUUCCCGGAGCCGCACCGCUUCCUGCCGGAGCGCUGGCUGCGCGCGGGGGCUGGGGCCGGGGCGGAGGCGGGGGCGGGGGCGGAGGGCUGCCCCGUGGCCCACAAGGCCCACCCCUUCGUGUCGCUGCCGUUCGGCUUCGGCCGACGCAUCACCACUUCAGCGUUACUCCAAACUUUGGGAACUGGUCGUGAGGAGGUACAACGUGGAAUUCCACUACGGAGACCUGGAGUACAAGAUCCACCCCACCUACAUCCCGGCCAAUCCGCUGAAGUUCCGGCUGGAAGAGCGCUCUUGAGAUCCGUCGCCUCCGCUCGCGUCCGAUGGAGAAGAGCCACUCAAAGGCCAGGCGCAGGCUUACAGCCGGCGCUGAAAACACAGAACAUUACAGACAUUCCAGACGAUAUAGAACAGGCCAGUCCCAAAACACUGGUCUUCGGGCCACUGCUCAAAGCAGCCGCGGGCACACGGGUUAUCAAAGGGUCAACGUGCAAUAUUUCAGGUUCAGUUCCGGGAACUCUGAGUUCAUAG